GAUAAGGGUACCUGUUUCCGGUGAUUACUUCCGGUAACGAGUUCGACAGUUAGGGUGACAUUAACAUUUGACUGUUCUUGCACUCUUUUAGCCAUUGACUUGGCACCAUGAGUAUUUCAAGCACCGGAGGAGACCCUGUCAUUCUAGCCACGGCGGGUUAUGACCAUACUAUCCGAUUCUGGCAGGCAUACAGUGGCAUUUGUAACCGUACUGUACAACACCCAGAUUCACAAGUAAAUGCAUUGGAAAUUACACCAGACAAGCAACUGAUUGCAGCUGCAGGGUACCAGCAUAUUCGUAUGUAUGACCUCAACUCUACCAACCCCAGUGCUGUUAUAAACUAUGAUGGAAUAUCCAAGAAUGUAUCGGCAGUUGGAUUUCAUGAAGAAGGGAAAUGGAUGUACACAGGGGGCGAGGACUGCACUGCCAGAAUUUGGGAUCUUAGAUCAAGGAAUCUUCAGUGUCAGAGAAUAUUCCAAGUAAAUGCUCCAGUUAACUGUGUUUGUCUCCAUCCGAAUCAGGGAGAGCUGUUUGUCGGUGAUCAAGCAGGCUCUAUUCAUAUCUGGGACCUCAAGACAGACAAUAAUGAACACUUUAUACCUGAACCGGAUGCAGCUAUACAGUCAAUAAGUAUUGACCCAAUGGGAACAAUGAUGGCAGCUGUGAAUAACAAGGGCAAUUGUUACAUCUGGACAUUAACUGGAGGAAAGAGGGAGGAACCAACACAACUUCACCCCAAAACUAAGUUCCUGGCUCACAACAGAUAUGUUCUCAAGUGCCUGUUUAGUCCUGAUUCAACAUUGUUGGCUACAACUUCGGCAGAUCAAAAGUGUAGGAUAUGGCGGACAGCAGACCUGACCCAGCUGACGGAGUUGAAGGACAGUCAGCAGAGAUGGGUGUGGGACUGUGCCUUCAGUGGAGACUCCCAGUACAUCAUCACAGCAUCUUCUGACCAGAUGGCCCGACUAUGGAGUGUUGAUUCAGGGGAGGUGAAGAAAGAGUACAGCGGACAUCAAAAGAGUGUCGUGUGUCUAGCAUUCCGGGACGAGGUGGUCACAUGACCGCCUCACAGAUGUUACAGAACUGUGAUACCAGUGUGAAAGGACUGUGUGAAAUGUUGUAUGCGUGAUGGCAGUUGGUGCAAAGAGACAAACAUCAAAUGAAUUACCUGACCGAGUGUGAGACAGGCAUAGCAGUCAGGGAGCGUGAAUGAAUACUGUUGUUGUAGAGACAGUUGUUGAUGACUAUUCCAGUCGGGGGAAGAUACUGAACUGUGUGUUGUGAUCAUGGGGGAGCUAAACAAUGCCUCAGGAAGCAUUCUGUUUACUUACACUUUAGGUUAAUCUUUUUGGAGAAUCAUUUCGUAAAAAUAAAAUCAGUAAUUAAGUACAGUGAAACCUGUCUAAACUGGCACCCCACGGGACCGAGAUAAAGUGCCGGUUUAGACAGGGUGCUGGAUUAGACAGUGACGAUCAUUUUCCGUCAUGGCUGCUAUUUACACUCGUCAGUUUCUUUAUCUCCAUAAUGCCUUUGAUCUUUGUAAUUGUGCAACAAAUUUAAAGGAAGAGUAUCAAAGUCAUUGAUAAGCUGAAUUUUUUAACAAGUGUUAACUCCAACAUGGCAGCCAUCAUGACACUCAAAGUGACGGACGAGUCAAUAAAACCAAUGCCUAUUUAUUUACUCUCUGACACGUCACUCACUUGAAAACCGUUAAUGCAAUCCCCCAGUGUUUAUAAAGCAUAACUGCGGUAGUCCUAUGAGCGUUUGAUUCCCAGUGCAGUCACUACUUCCUGAUUAUUUAGCGUGCCAAGAGGAUUAAUUAGUGUAUUGGAUUAUGGGUCCUUGAUUGGACUACUCAUACCCAUACCGGUUUAGACAGUGUUAAUUACAAUUAAAAUUGUUUGUUGGGACCGGAAACUUGUGCCGGAAUACGGAAUAGACAGGUGCCGGAUUAGACAAUGUUUCAAUGAUGAUAAUAUCGUUGUAAAGUGGCGGGACCAAAAUUUUAUGCUGGUUUUGACAGUGUGCUGGAUUAGACAGGUGCCGGUGUUGGCAGGUUUCACUGUAUAUUGUUUAAAAUAAAUUGAAAAAAAGUAUAGAUAUGUUUCUGAAAAUAUCUAAAGUUAACAUUAUAUAUUUACUGUUCUUAACAGAUGAUGUGACAGAUUUUAAUAGUUUUAAUCCUUUAAUCAGCUGAUAGCUACAGGUUGCAGCGGUAAACAAUGGACGUUUUGUUUCAUGCCGGGUGGGUAGCCUAGUGGUUAAAGAGUUUGCUCGUCAUGCCAAAGACCUGGGUUAGACUCCCAACAUGGGCACAAUGUGUGAAGCCCAUUUCUGGUGUCCCUUGCCGUGAUAUUGCUGGAAUAUUGCUUAAGCGGCAUAAAACUAAACUCACUCACUCACUCAUGCUGGUCUUCUUGUGGACCCAGCAAGCCCCACAUCUGAAUGAAGAUAAGGACAGACAUUUCAGCUGAAUUAACUAUGGUUAUUAACCUUAAUUGUUUUAGUUUUAAAGAGAAGUUACUUUUUGAUUUUAAAAUCAGGGUUUUUGACGAUGCUAAUGAAUCAAAUGAAUACUCUUUUAUCAUUCUAUUGUUGAGAUUUUGAAUGCUUGUUGUGUUAUUAUACCACAAUGUGAGCUUUAUGUUGAAUUGUCCAUCCAACUCACUGUGGUAGUACUUGAACUAUGCAUAAAUGAUCUCAUGGGCAUGACUGACUGUUUGGAUUCUCGUAUUAAACAUUCCAUGUGGAUGUUUUAUGGGGUCAAGCACCUGCAGCUGUCGUUUGUUUUGUUGAUUCUGUAUUAUUGGCACCGGUAGCUAUGGAGAUGCAGGUUGGGGGAAUGGAUGUUACAAGUAUGUCUUCAUAGAAAUAUGCCCCAGAAAGUUGCCUAGCAACUAAUUGCAGCAAUAAGUUCAUUGUUCUGGACUUGGCUGGGAUGAAUUUUGUUACUUCAUUUUUCUGUGAAAGGAUAAGUUUUCCUCACCACAUUUAUCCAGGAAAUUGGGUAUGUCCAUCGAACUUCUUGUCUUUAUGAGGUACCUGUUUUACAUGAGGACAAAUUGUUUUUAAGACCUCCCAUUCAUGCAUGUCACAGAAAUUUAUCAUGCCUAUCUCUUUGUAAAACUCACAAGCAUUUAACAGUAAAAUAAAUGAAUAUCUGGUUUAGAAUGCCUAUUAUCUUAUCCUGACACAGGUAAGGGAUAUAACUCUGCACAGCAUAAUGUUAAAUGUAAUGUUUAGCUUUUAUAAUGUAAGUGUUGACAGCAGCAGAUAUCAGCCACAAAUAAUUGCUUUUAGUACAGACUAGAUUCAGCAUUGGUAUUUGGUAGGUAAAACAUAACAUGCACAAUAGACUUAUGUCAGAAUAGAUGGUAUUUUAAGAAUGCAUUCAUUCACUGAAAAUAUUCGGUACUUCCUUGUAGCUUGGACAAUGAUUUCUCUAGAAUUCCAGAUUACCCAGGCAACUUUGGGAAAAAAAUGCCAUUUAAAUCAAAAUUGCUUUUUUUGUAUUUGUCCAAUACUCAUUCAAUAUAUGAAUAGAAAACUGAGACGAUUCACCUGGUGUUAUUAGUGAAAUGUUGGUCCCUCCUGUAAAGCCUUGACAUUAGAUAUAAGAAUACAAAUUGGGAACACUUAAUUGCUAUUUGAGUAGUUUUGUUGACAAUCAUUGUAGACUGUGAGCUGGGUAUUAGCAAAAGAUAUAUCUCUGUUACAUGUUGUGGUCCACUGGCUGCCUUGCAUGUAUCAUCACAAGAUAUGUAAGCCAGAGUCCAGAUGUGUGUGGCAACACUCUGCUGAUUCCCUCAUUGUUAAUGUUGACCAUUGUUGCUCAUGUGUUCUGUUUAUGUGACUGCUAUCCCUGUUGAUAAAUGGUGCCAAGUUUGAAAUAAAUUGGUACAAAUAUUA